AUGAAUGCUAAUUCUCUGUCUCAGUGCUCUCUGCUUUCUGCUGCGGGCUUCAAGGAAGGUGACCAGCUCCUUGUCCCUACUGAAGAUGGGUAUGAGGAGAGAGUGGAAUCUUGGUGGUCUGCCAGCUCCCGCUUGACACCAUCUUGCAUCGUUCGACCCAAGAACGCUCAAGACGUGUCCAAGAUCGUCCGCGUUCUGGGUGCCAACUCUACCGCUGAGUUUGCUAUCCGAAGCGGUGGCCACAGUCACUGGGCGGGUGGUAGCAACGUCGACAACGGCGUCACCAUCGACCUUGGCCUUAUUAAGGGCGCCGAGUACGACCCUGCCACUUCUCUGGCAUCGGUCUUGCCCGGCGGUCGAUGGGCGGAUGUCUUCAAGGAGCUCGAGAAGCAUAGUGUUGCUGUUCCAGGUGGUCGAGACGGCAAUGUUGGCGUCGCUGGCUUCUUGACCGGCGGUGGUAACUCGUAUUACACUGGCCGCGCUGGCUUUGGAUGCGAUUCCAUUGUCAACGCCGAGAUUGUCCUUGCUGAUGGCAGCAUCGUCAACGCCAACAAGGACACAAACCCCGACCUCCUCAAGGCUCUCAAGGGUGGAUCGGGCAACUUUGGCAUCGUCACACGCUUCGACCUGCAAACCUUCCCAGCUGGCAAUGUCUGGGGUGGUAUCCGCGCCUCGGAGUUGUCCCAGGGCGAUGCCAUCGCUCACGCCAUGGUCAACUUUACCAACAACAACGAAAAGAACCCCGAGGCGGCGUAUCUGAUCAACUGGACCUACAACCCGGGCAUGUCCACUGACGUGCUUGUCGCUCAGGUCAUUGUCGAUACCAACGGUGUCGAACGACCUGCCACCUUCGAUGAGGCAUUGGACAUUCCGGAGCUGUUUAAUGACAUCAGCGUCCGACCUGUCAGUGACAUGGCUGAGGCAUAUGUCCUUCCCUCUAGCCUCUACAACGUCUGGUUCAGUCUGACAUUCGCCAAUGAUGUUCGCAUCAUCCAAAAGGCCGCUGAACUCCACGACACCUUUGUCAAGGAGCUGUUGGAGGAGAUCCCCGCUACAGAGCUCGGCACCCAGAACCUCUUCCAGCCUGUGCCCAAGCUCUUUGCCGACCGCGGUGUCGAGCACGGAGGCAACGUGCUCGGUCUUGACAGAAUCGAUGGAAACUCCCUCAUGUGGCUGCUGUCCUGCACUGUCGCGACGGCCGAGCAAGAGGUGCUACUGCGUCAGAAGGCGAGCGCCUUUGCCUCGGCUCUGGAGGAGUAUGCCAAGACCAUCGAUGGCCUACGUGAGUGGCGAUACCUGAACUACGUGGACCCUAGCCAGGAGGACCCCAUCCUGAGCUACGGUAGUGAUAACGUCGCGUUCCUGCGCAAGGUGUCGGCCAAGUAUGACCCUGAGGGCUUCUUCCAGAAGAGACGUAAGGGUGGCUUCAGACUCCCUUGA